AUGUCCACACCAACUCUCAAAGACUACCCCUGGGCCCAAGCCCCAAUCAUAGUAAACGCCCCCAUGAGCGGCUUCGCAACCAGCGCCCUCGCAGCCGCCGUAACACGCGCCGGUGGGCUAGGGCUAAUCGGCUUCCUCGACAAGCCCCACAUGCUGGACAUUCAGCUCCAGCAGGCAAGUCUCCUACUGAGAGACAAUACCCAGAAAGGCGAAACGGAUAGCCUACCCAUUGGAGUUGGAGUCAUUGUCUUCGGGAUGUCCGUCUCAUCAUUCCUGCCUCUAGUGGCGAAACAUAGACCCGCCAUCGUCUGGCUUUCCUUCGGGGAGGCUGCGCACUUCAAGUCCUGGACAGAGGGGAUCCGGGCUACGAGUCCGCGCACGAAGAUCUGGGUCCAAGUUGGCACCGUGUCUGCUGCACUGGAGACAGCACGGGCUUGUCAUCCUGAUGUGCUUGUUCUGCAGGGCAGUGACGCAGGCGGGCAUGGACAUGCACACUCAUCAAGCAUUAUCACGCUCAUACCGGAAGUUGCAGACGCACUGAUUGGAGACGGGUUCGAGGGGGAUGGACGGAUUCCCCUCGUUGCUGCUGGGGGGAUUACGGAUGGGCGGGGUGUAGCGGCGGCGAUGGCAUUGGGUGCGUCCGGGGUUGUUAUGGGGACGAGGUUUCUGGCUGCGCAUGAGACUGAUAUUCCCGGGGGGUAUCGGCGAGAGAUCCUGUCGGCGUCUGAUGGGGGCCAGUCGACGGUGAGAUCGCGCGUGUUUGAUGAGAUGCGGUCCCCUAGUGUGUGGCCGGGGAUGUAUGAUGGGCGGUGUUUGAGAAAUAAGUGUUAUGAUGAGUGGGAAAAGGGUGUUUCUAUUGAGGAGAUUCGGGCGAGGGUGUCCGUUACGGCUUCUAGGGCUCAAUCGGAGGGUGAGGAUUUUCGGGAUGCGAGCAGUUUGUGGGCUGGAGCGGGUGUUGGGUUGGUGAGGAGGGUUGAGAAGGCUGGGGAUAUUGUUGAGACGGUGCGAGAGGAUGCAAGACGGCGGUUGUUGGAUACUCAUCUGGCAUUGUAG